AGACUGCUUGUGUCAGCGUCUCUCUAGGCACAUCCCUCACAUGCGUGGCAGAGGAAUUAAAGGAGAGGAUGCCUGCCUGGGCCAAGAUGAAGAAAGAUAGUAAAGGGCAGCUAGUGUUAGUAGACGUAGAAGUUUUGAGAAGUAGCGUAGGGGCCCUUAUAGAUUCAGGGGCCACCCGCAGUUACAUUAGCCGUAGAGCAUUGAAAAAACUGAGGCUAGGAUUGGAAGUCCAAAAGCUAGCAGACCCCAUAGUUAGUGUCCUCGCAGACAACCACAUUAUGCGUGUUGAGGACUACUUAGAGGGAGUCCAGGCGUACUUCCGCCUAGAGAAAGAUGGGAAGGUGGAGAAAGUUCUCCAUUCCCUGACUCUCCUCGUACAUGAUGACCUUCCGUUUGACAUAGUCCUAGGCAUGGACGGGGGAGAGGCAGCAGGGGCCACACUCCAUCUGAGAGAGCAUGAGUGUAGGCUCCCUAGUCCGCCAGGCGAGGUUAAGACUACCCACUUGUUUCAUGUGUCAGGAGUGGACAACUCACUGGCACAUUGCUGCCUCAGUGCUCCCGCGUUCGCGCGACUAGUGAGAAAGGAGCAAUUAGAGGAUCGGGUCUUUGUAGUGUAUGUUAGACCUGUCACUGAGCCUAAGGAAGGGGAUAGUUCCACAGAUCCAGCCAUUGCCAAGCUGCUGGAGGAGUUUAAAGAUCUGACAGAGCCGCCGACAGGAGUAGUGCCGCGACCGAUCCAGCAAAGAAUAGAGAUAGAGCCCGACAGUAAAACUCCUAAGGGAGCAGUCUACAGGAUGUCCCCUAGAGAGUUAGAGGAGCUGCGCAAGCAAUUUGACGAACUCCUCGAGAAGGGUUGGAUUAGGCUUAGUUCGUCUCCUUUUGGAGCACCAGUUUUGUUUGUCCCCAAGAAGGAAGGAGAGUUGCGCAUGUGUAUUGACUAUAGGGGUCUGAAUGCGAUUACCAUUAAGAAUGUUGAACUACUACCCAGGAUAGACGAUCUCUUAGAUCGGGUGCAGGGUUGUAAGUAUUUCUCAAAGAUAGAUUUGAAAUCCGGGUAUCAUCAGAUAGAGGUCCAUCCUGAUGACCAGUACAAGACUGCAUUCCGGACUAGAUACGGGCAUUAUGAGUUCAUAGUGAUGCCCUUUGGACUGACCAAUGCGCCAGCUACAUUUCAGCGAUGUAUGAAUGAUUUGUUUAGGCCUUGGUUAGAUAGAUUCGUCGUAGUUUAUUUAGACGAUAUCUUAGUAUUCAGUAGGACCCUCCAAGAGCACCAGGGUCAUUUGAGGCAGGUCUUAGAGAAACUGAGGGAGGCUAACUUCAAGAUCAAUGCGAAGAAGUGCGAGUGGGCCAAGACACAAGUCCUGUACUUGGGCCACGUGUUAGACAGAGAUGGCAUUAAGCCUGAGGACAACAAGAUAGCGGCAAUUAGAGAUUGGCCGACGCCCCGCACGUUGACAGAGUUGUGGUCGUUCCUAGGCCUAGCCAACUACUAUAGGAAGUUCGUGAGGAACUCCUCCACUAUCGCCGCUCCCCUUCGCAGGUUGCUUAAGAAAGAGGCAAUCUGGCAGUGGGAUAAGGACUAUACGUUUGCGCUAAAGAAGUUAAAGCGUGCAUCGAUAGAGUACCCUGUCCUCAAGGUAGAAGAUCUGUCUUUGCCAUUUGUCGUCACCAUGAAUGCGAGUCAGUAUGGAAUAGGUGCCGUGUUACAGCAGGACGACGACAAUGGCUAUAGACCCGUAGAGUUCAUGUCCGCGAGGAUGCCCUCAGAGAAGGUUGUUGCCUCGACGUACAAGAAAGAACUCUACGCUCUUUGGCAGGCCUUAGAACAAUGGAAGCAUUACCUGCUUGGGAGGCACUUCAAGGUGUAUUCAAACCAUGAGACGCUUAGAUGGCUGAAGACACAGGCCAAGAUGACACCUAAGUUGACUAGGUGGGCCGCUGAGAUAGACCAGUAUGACUUCGAGCUCAAACCUGUUAAGGGAAAGUACAAUGUAAUUGCGGAUGCUCUGAGUAGGAGAUCAGCCUACUUUGGAGCUAUAGUUCACUAUCUGGACAUAGGGAGUGACCUGCAAGAGAAAGUGAGACAGGCGUAUGCGCAAGACCGUAUCUGACCUCCUCAAGAGAGUUGAGGAGGCCCCAGAGUCUGAACUAGACUACCGCACUACAGAGGGUCUGUUAUUUGAGA